CUCUCCGACGAUGAGUGGAUCGGCUCUCCCUCGAGUUGAAGCAUCAUCAGGUGCAGAUCUCAGCAUUCAUGGGAGCUUCAACGACAGCGGUACUAUCGGUGAGGUCUGGAGCAUCAGUGGCAGCGGUCCGUGGCUCCUCGCCGUCAUGCUGUUCCUCAUCAUUUUGGUGACAGCUUGUGGGAACAUUUUGUUGAUUGCCCUCGUGUUUGCCCACCGGUCACUACGCUGCACCUCCAAUUGCUUCCUGGUGUCCUUGUUCUUGUCAGACUUGAUGGUGGCUCUGGUGGUGAUGCCCCCUGCCAUGCUCAACGUGUUGUGUGGGACCUGGGUGCUGGCGCCCGGCUUUUGCCCCGUCUGGCUCUGUUUCGACGUGAUGUGCUGCAGCGCUUCCAUCCUCAACUUGUGCGUUAUCAGUCUGGACCGCUACCUCCUCAUCAUCUCUCCGCUACGAUACAAACAGCACAUGACCCCGCCCCGUGCCUUGCUUCUCGUGGGUGGGGCUUGGGGUUUGGCAGCCCUGACUUCUUUCCUGCCAAUCAAGAUGGACUGGCACAACUUGGGUCGUACGCAAGACCUCACCGAACACGAUUCUGCCAACCACACGGCCUUCAGGUCGAGCUCCUCGUCGUACUUUCAGCUUUCCACUUCGGGAACGCCAUCCACGCAGUGCCGUCUGCGAGUGACUCUUCCCUUCGCCCUUGUGGCGACCUUUCUCACCUUCUUCUUGCCCUCCACAGCCAUCUGUUUCACCUACUGCCGAAUCUUGUUGGCGGCCAGAAGACAGGCACGACAGGUGGAGGCUCUUACUCAACCUCAGUACCCACACCACUCACCUGGCCAACCGUCACGUCCUCCUUCUCCCGGUCACGUUGUCCAGGACGGAGAUGAAUACAGCCAUCAAGAUCCACCGGUACUGCGACACGCUCCGUUGUCGGUGAAUAGCGAGCGCAGACUGGCACACCGGCAAAGAAAGCGAGCUCUGAAAGCCAGUCUAACGCUGGGAGUGCUCCUGGGUCUCUUCUUCAGCGCCUGGCUUCCCUUUUUUAUCACCAACAUGGCACAGGCGGUGUGCGAGUGCGUGCCACCCUCGCUUUUCGAUGCCAUCACCUGGCUGGGAUACUGUAACAGCACCAUGAACCCGAUUAUAUACCCUCUAUUCAUGAGGGACUUCAAAAGGGCACUGGCACGACUUCUACCCUGUUGCUCUUCAUCGCACGCCCCACGUAGGCCAUCGCCGCCGCUUUCCCUUUCUCUGCGCAACUCAGGGGACCCGCAGCUACCUUCGGAAACCCCUUCGCUCGUGUCCGACCCGCCGCAGCCGCCAGCGACGGCUACGGAUGCCGUUAACCUUCUCGAGGCAGAACAAGCCGGGAUUGAUCUGCCUCUUCUGCUGCCCAACCAGGUCGAUACGUUGGACGAUUGAUACCGCACAAUAAGAACGGGAUGAGGAGAUACGUGACGGAUAAUUAUAGACUUGUCAACAAAAAAUGUGCUAAAACAUAAUGUGCUGAAAAAAUCAAUGGGACGAGUGUUAGGAUUUUUAUGGACUGUAUUCAGGGAGGCUGUACGUCUAAAACAGAUUCAACUCUCCUCCUGCUUCAUUCAUUACCAUAACAACCAAAACAACAGAUGUAUAAGGCAGACGAGAGCGAAAGGAAUCUCACUAAUACCUCACACUAUGUCAAGUGGGUUGUCUGUGGAUCUUCAUGUCUUAAUUAAACAACAAACCACUCUUAAUGAAGAGGGUAAUGGUAUAUACAAAUCACAUAGUAGUUUAUCACAACAAGCUUUAAAAAAGCUUGAUAUUAAUAUAAGAUUAAAUAAAAAAACAAUUCCAGAUAUUUAAUAAAAAAGUUGCACUUGCUUUAACAAGCUUAUAUGUGACCCUGGACCACAAAACCAGUCAUAAGUAGCACACGUGUAUUCAUAGCAAAAGACAAAAAUACAUUGUAUGGGUCAAAAU